CUCCAGGGCUGCUUUGUUUUUAAACCAAGUCCCAAGAGGAGAAAGGUGUCUCGAACAACAGCUGGUGGAGAAUUUCUGUACUCAGAUUUGUGAAGCAGAGGAGCACCUGGGAAGCCAGAUGCAUUCCAGAAAUGUGCCAAGACACCGUCUUACCAAAAAGGAUCUGAUUUCUGAAGACUUGAAGGCGUUCUAGAUUAAUCUUGGACAUUUUGUUUCUCCUUUCCACAAGCAGCACUUAUGGAACUGACUAUUUCAGAGAAGGAAACAGUGAUUUGGAGGACAGUGAGCUACGGUUUGCUACUUGCCAGUCAUUACAGAAACAAGUCAAAUCAGAAACAGAGCAAAUAGAGGAAGAAUUGAAUGAACAGUUAUUUGAUAACCUAGUGAGUUUUUUGAGGCGGUCUCAUUCUGCAUUCCAAGAGAAGACAACAGAAUGGACGUGGCGGAUGAAGUCCAGAGAAAUCCCUACUGCGGCUCUUGUCUUAGGUGUGAAUGUUACAGAUCAUGACUUCACCUUUAGAAGUCUCUCAGAAGUCCUUCAAAAUAAUGUUACUCCUUACAUAGCGUUGCUGGAAGCCAAAGAUUGCCCAGGCAUAAAAAAUCUGAUGCAGAAGCUGUUGGGACAGCUGAUGAACUGCUGUAUAGAUGCAGAUUCAUCAGAAGAGGAGGACUAUGAACAGGUUUCCCGUAAUAGAGUACGUUGUUCGAUGACUUCUCUUAUCAACUGGUAUGAGAGUGCAACAAAGAGAACAGAUUCUGAGACUCCAGGCAAAAAAAGAACGUCUUCCAGACACUGGCAGUCUCCUCCAGUUGUUGUUAUCUUCAAAGACAUGGAAAGUUUCACCACAAAAGUACUGCAGGACUUUGUGGUUAUCAGCAGUCAGCAUAUUGGUGAAUUUCCUCUUGUACUGAUUUUUGGAAUUGCUACAUCUCCAAUGAUUAUCCACAGCUUACUUCCUCACUCUGUUUCCUCUCUGCUGUGCAUAGAGCUUUUUCAGUCCCUUUCCUGUAAGGACCACCUGUCUACUAUAAUUGACAAGGUACUUUUAACAACACAGUUUCCACUUAAACUGAGUGAGAAAGUUCUGCAGGUUCUCAUCAACAUAUUCCUCUACCAUGAUUUUUCUGUCCAGAAUUUUAUCAAAGGAUUUCAGCUCUGUAUUGUGGAGCACUUCCAUUCCAAUCCUCUUAGUAUACUGUGUUGCCAGCUGGAAGAAGCAAAGGGGAGAGUAAAUUCUUUAUCACAUAAUCAGUGUGAAAACGUUCGAAGACUGCCCUCUUUUAGAAGGUAUGUGGAAAGUCAAGUCUCAGAGAAACAGAUUGCACUGCUGACAGCAGACAGUUCCUUAAAGGAAGCAGUGUGGAAGCUGUUAGAGGACUUGAAUGUUUACCAUGAAAAUUAUUUUCCCAUUCUGAGAUGUCUUCAUGUUUUCACGUCUUCUCUUCCGAAGUAUCCUUUGGGCAAGCAGAUCAGGGAACUGCACUGUGCAUGUUUGGAAAACCGAGUGUGGGAGACAGAGGAGUAUGAGUCAUCACUUCAGUUAGCAAGGAUGCUGAACAAGUCUGAUUUGGUAACCAUGCUUCAAAAGUGUGUGGAAAUUCUUGUGUCAUCUCCUGGAAGGGAGUUUGAUGAGAUAGUAGAGAAGCUGAAGGAGUUCUUGACCCAGUUUCAGAAACUAGAAGCAGAAGCUUACCAAGAACGAGAUGAAUCCGUAUCGCCACAAAAAGAGCUCCAGAAGAAGACAAAUCUUUUUAAUCUUCAGAAGACUUUAUUGGAGUUGAAGGAAUCAAGGCGGUCUAAGAAACUGACCAAGUUUGAAAUGCUUCGUUUUGAAGUUGUUGACUAUAUAGACAGUCUUGUAAGACGUUACCUUGUUCCAGCAGACCACAAGACUCUGCAUGAGAUUGUGUAUUUCAACACAGCCAGUGUUCUCCGCGAGCACUUGAACGCUGCCCCGAGGAUUGCACUGCACACAGCUUUGAAUAACCCAUACUCCUACCUGAAGAGUGAAGCACUGAAAAGUGAUGGAGGAAGCAUUUCUAACAAAGCCCCCGACAUAUGCAUUGCCUACAAGCUUCAUUUGGAGUGUGGCAGAUUGAUUAACCUCGUGGAUUGGUUAGAGGCUUUCUCCACUGUGGUGACGGCAGCUGAGGGACCGACUGCAGAUGCAGCUUCCUCAGACCAGGUGGAUGAUGUUAUACACGCCCGUUUUAUUCGAGCUGUUUCUGAACUGGAACUCCUGGGCUUUAUAAAGCCCAGCAAGCAGAAAACGGAUCACGUGGCACGGCUGACCUGGGGAGGCUGUUAAUGUGCCACCACAACCUUAAUAAAGCUGUUCUUUGUAACCUGG